AUGAAAGGAGGGGAACAUGGGAAGCAUCCAACAUUCAACAAGUUCCAUUCGUGUCAACUAAUCACGAAUGGAAUUCUAGUAAAGAAUAUUAGGGAGGUAAUUAAUAAGCGAAAGGAAGAUGAGUUGCAGCGAGAAAAGUUUAAGUUACAGCAACGGCUCCGUCUUUACAAAGGACCCAAGAUAAAGUGCAUGGCUACAAAGGAGAGUGUUAGGUACAUCGUGAAGUUUGAGUUACGCGUUUUUGGGAGAGGGCGAAACAUUAAUAAAGCAACUUCGACAUAA